CGGUAUGUACGUGACGUCGUAGAUACUGCGGGCCGCUGUUACAGUCCGGUGGUGAUCUCAUACCCUCAACACGGUGUUAUUGUACGGUUCCUCGUUGCCGGUAGAGGUCUGUACUGAGUAAAUACUGAUUUUUUUUGUUUUAUUUCGAACGUGGAACCUUUUGAAGAUCAGCACGCUUUGGUUCAUUUUCUGCUAUUGUACUUCUGCGGCAUUUUUCGAGAUUUUUUCGUAAUAUGUAUGUGGCAGCUGCGUUGAUUAUUUUAAAGCGGUGCAACUAGUGACACGAUGAUGGUAUACACCCAGUUAGUGUGUAUGCGUGUGUGUGUUUAAUCGAAAAACCCAUACAGAGUAACGAAGUUGAAAAAAAAAAACGUUUUUUUUAGGAAUUUGUUUCUACCCACUUGAACUUACGUUUGCUAAGGACUGUUGGAGUAUACAUUUGGGACAAAACCCUCGAAAGGAUCUUCUCAUAAGAUAAGCUUAACAAUAUCCUCCAUUACAUUGUGAAGACGGAUAGGAUGGAGGAGUUACACAUAGAAGAGGAGGAGCCCUGGCAAAAUCACCGUGACCUGGAACGAGAUUUACAUCUGGCUGCUGAACUUGGAAAGACUCUUCUCGAAAGAAACAAAGAACUUGAAGUUUCUUUGCACCAGAUGUAUGUGACCAACGAGGAUCAAGUCCAUGAAAUUGAGUACUUGUCCAAACAGUUAGAUAUGCUGCGGCAAAUGAAUGAGCAACAUGCAAAGGUAUAUGAACAACUGGAUGAAAAUUCCCGAGAUCUGGAAAUGACAAACCAAAAGCUAGUUUUGGAAAGUAAGGCAUCCCAUCAGAAAAUUCAAAGUCUUACAGGUUCAAUUGAGACUAUGCUGUCUCAGGUAGAUUUACUACAGACUCAAAUGGAGAGACUGCACAGUUUGGCCAAUAUUAGGAGAAAAAGAAGGGAACGACGCAAGACCAUCCAUACCUUUCCCUGCCUGAAGGAAAUCUCAUCUUUUAGAUACCAGCAUGAUUUUGUUAUGGACACAUGGAUGACAAAGUUGACCACACAGUCCCUGGAAAAGGAGAACAGCAGCUUAAAUGAGACAGUGAUUCACUGCGCUUACAAUCCAGCAGGAGCAGGCAUACUCAACAAAUAUUCAGAAUUGGAGCAGCGCCUCCAGCAGGCAGUGGGUUAUGAGUCAAGUAUCCAUGAACUGGAAGCAGAGCUUCUAGAGCUGCAGCAAAUGAAGUAUAAUAGUAACUUCCAACAAGUUAGACAGAAUAAGCAGAGAGAAAACAUCCUAAAGCCUUUAAAUAAUAUUUCAGAGUCCAACAGUAUCAAGCAGCCUGAGCUGAAUGAAAGACAGAAAAUUAAACAAGCUUCAGACACAUCUAGCUCAGUCUGGAAAAGCUCCAGUGAUACUGCACUCAACAUUAUUGUUGGUGUAUGUCCCAAGUCAAAUUACAUGCUUCACGCGGGCAGUGUUCAUAAACAUGGCAUGUCUAUUUUAAGGGAGGUAGAUGAACAAUACCAUGGCUUAUUAGAAAAAUAUGAGGAGCUUCUGACAAAAUGCCGUAGUCAUGAAAAAAGUCAGAGACACAUGGGAGUUCAGACAUCACAACCUGUCUCUCGAGACACCUCUCUUUGUGACUUCCGUCUUACUGAUAUUAGCCAGGAGAAGGAAGAAUGUGAUGUUGCAGAUAAAAUUAGCAGACAGGUGGAAGCAGUAGACAAAAGACUUAGUCACAGCACUCCAGAGUAUAAGGCCCUUUUCAAGGAAAUCUUUGCACGUAUUCAGAAAACCAAGGCUAUUGUUAAUACCAAUAAAGCAAAUGAAUAAAAAAAAUAGCUUUUCAUUUUUUCCAGCUUCAAGAUAAAAUGGCAAAAAUAUGAUAAUAGUGUGGCUUUUUAUCAUCUAAGUUCUACUUUAUUCUAGAUGUGCAUAAAACUUCUUUUAAGGUUUCGUAGCAAUUAGUCCAUCAGUUCUUCUGAGCCUAAUUUUACCAUUGAGGAGUUACAGUAAUGAGAAAACAUUUAUGGCCCAUCACAUACUAUUAUAUCCAUACUCUCUAAUACAUUUUGAAUUUAGAAUCACCUAUCACCGUGUCAAGGGGGGAAAAAAAAGAUACUUUUAGAAAACCUGUAUAGAUAGGGGUGAGGCAUUUAGACGUCACCCAAGUAGUGUAGUAAGCAUAGCAACAUUCUAAAACCUUUCUUAAUCCAAGUUGUGUACUAUUAAAUAAUAAUAAUAGUAGUGAAUUGACAGAAAGGCUUGUAUACUCUUAAUGACGUAUUUAGCUUUUAUUCAAAAUAAUUAAUGGUUCACUAAGCAUAUAGAUCUCUUAAUUGCAUCCAUCAUCAUCAUUCACAAUUGUGUAAAAAGCUAGUACAGUUGUGUGAGCAUCUAUUAUACCUGUUUCACUUCAUUCUUCAUCACACACUACCACAUAUCAUGUGUCACAUUUGCUAAUUUCAGUGAGAAUAAUCUUGUUUAAUGUAUAUUUAGAAAAAUAAAUGUAUAUCUUGCAAUACAUUAAAAAUUACAUUCUUAAAUGGUACUAUAAAAUAUUAUUAAAAACACUACAUAGUAAGUAAACUAUAAGUAUGUUAAGGUAAGAAAACCUAGAAACUGAGUAUAAUAGUAAAAACAAUGCAAGUCUACCAAGUUCCACAGAAAGUAAACUUCAUUUUUUAAAACGUAUUUGUCCUUCUUCAUCUGUCAAUGCAGCCUUUCUCUUAGUAUCCUUUGUUUUACAGUGCAGGUUCCAUGAAAUAUGUCAAAGCUUUGUCAUUAAACCUGUUAGUGGUGUUGCUAAUGUUUUAUAUCCACUUUAACCACUUAUGCAUGAGGACACUGCCAUAUUUCAAAGUUGUUUGUGUAUGUUUCAAUAAAUUCACAAGUCAAUCCAAA